GAAGGCCGCUGCAUGUGCUGCCACAUACUGCUCUAUUUUUACCCGCUCAAAGGCACCAGUAUGACCCACGGACAGACACAGGACAAUGUGAUUGUCGGGACACGGCAGAAAAAGUUUGAUCACAAGGAUUUCUCUGUGUGCAUCAGUUGCAGCACUAUGUUAAGGUGUGCAAAUGGACGACCUUGAUCACAGUAUCAGCAUAGUGGAAUACGAGUGGAUGAGCUUUUAUGAUGAGUGUGAAGAAUGUUGCCUGCUAUUGCCCUCCAAAGCAGACGUUGACAACUCCAGCCUGAGUGAUUCAGAAGAGUCCUGGAGUCAGGAACAUUCAGAACAAUGUGAUGCCCUGCAAACCACUGCUGCCAGAACAGGGCCAGAAUUAGUCCACCUCGCACUGGAGCAUGGCCCUUGCUUUGCAGAGUUUUCACAGGUUAACCAGAAGCACACAGACGGAGAAGGAGAGGAUCAGACUGCGGUCUGGGAAGAGAAGGGAUCAGAUAAAGGAUCUCUUCAUACCCGCCUUAAUCUUGUAGAGACACCGCAGUGUUCCGAAGAAGAUGUUCUCUCCACCAUGGAAGCACAAAAAGAGAAUGAGGAGAUAUUGAAGAUGGUUAAUUAUGGCAUUGCAACAAAUGAAACACUCUCACAACGAAGCGACCCUAAUGAUAGCCAAUGUUCUACUGACGAUGGAGCCCAUGAAACGCUUUCAGACCUACAGAGAAUUCUGCUAAGUGACACGGUCUGCGCCACAACUACACAGGAAGUCCAGCGACUUCCCAGACAUAAAGCCGACCGUGAUAUGAACGACAGGCUGAUACAAUGUGCACACAAUGCAGAGAAAACACUUUGCGGGAAAGACAGAAGCUUCUUGAUUACGAAAGAGAAGGAGCGUUGGUUUGUGACGGUGAAUGUCAGCCCUUUGCGAAGAAAAAGACGAAAGAAAAAGAAAGCUAGUAGAACCUUUCCCCCGUGCGGCGGUAUGCAGAAGCCCACACCUGAACGCAGGUCAGAGGUCAAGAUGAAUCAAUCAGAGGUGGAGAGCGGCAACGACUCGGGGCCUUGUGAAACGUCACAACCACACCAAGGAGCAUCUGCUGCAGAGUCAUCCGAUGGGAUUCAGAUACCAGUUCUCACAGAUACAAAACCAAUCCAUGAGGACUCUUCUCUUUCAGACUCUGAAUUGUGUUCUUUUAAACCUUCCACACUGGAAACAUGUCCAUUAUCUGAGGCAGCUCCGCAGUCAGUGACCCUCCCAAACUCCACGUUAUCCAAGUUAGCAUUUAAAGGUCAAGAUAUUACAGUGCUGGACGUUGUGAAGUCUGAGGAUUUUGAAAAUGGUCAAGGAUUAUGCUUGGCAAAUAUUUGCAAUUCCAGACAUCAAACCGCCAUGUUGCCUAACGCAGUUAUCUUGAAAAGUGCAAGUAGAUUACAAUACUGUCAAUCAUUUGAAAGUAUUGAGUCUAUGGAAUUCAAAAGUGCCGAAGACUUCAGCUCAAGCAACAGCUCUGAUUGUGAAAGUUAUGCUUCAGCACCUGACACACCAGAGGAUACUUGGCCUAUAUUCAAAGACCAUCGCUCUGAAAAUAAACCAGAGGACCUGGAACAACGGUCCCGCCGCCGCAAACUAUUGCUGUCCACACCAUGUGACCUGUUGGAGUUAAGUGAGAUGGAAAAUGUUCCACACACAGAUGACGUGCAGUUUCCUGAUGAGACACUGCAUGUGCAUUCUGCUAAACAUUUGUCACAUGACAUUGAAUACCUGCAGGACCCUAUGCCCUUGCAAAGCCAUGGCUGUAAAACUGAGGCCAAUGGGGAAUGUAUGGAGGCAUAUACUGAGCCUGCUUUGGCAUGUCUACCUGUUGAACAAAGUGAUAGUUUAACACUAGAGAACAACUCUGCUGAUAAAACAGUCCAUUUAACGUCUCAACCUUCAGACUCUAAGCAAGUGGAACUGUGUAGCAUGACAACAGAUCAACCUCAAUCUCCUUCCGUUUGUGAUCCGACAGCUGGCUCUGUGCCGGACAGCCAAGAAACAUAUGCUGAAUCACUUGGCCCUUGUCGGCCUGUAUUCGCCAUGUCUGCCUUUUGGGAUGAGAUGGAAAAACUGACAAUUAGAGACAUUUUACAGCUGAGAGAAUCAGGGGAACUACCCAGCAGAAAAGCACUUACAAUUCAUGACACAGCAAGGCCCCAUGAUGAUGACCGGGACAUGAAGACAGACACCGGUCCUCUGUGGUCGGAUACCCCUCUGGUAGAUCCGUCAGACAUCGCAGACUCUGACUACUUUACCAAUCCCGAUGACUCUCAGCCAGAUCGCUCGAGUUGCGAUGUUUCCGUAUUCUCUGAUCUGGAUGAGGAGUACUGUCAGCUACUGGGUGGCGGGCAAGAAACGGGCACUGACCUUCUGGACCCUAACCUUCACACGCAAAGCCCAGCUGUCUCUCCUCCCACACGGGACUCCACAAAGAACACACCGCCGGCUAAUGAAGGCACGCGGGAAGAGGGAAGUUUGGAUGUUCCACACUCCCUUAACUGUUUUUCAGCUGGUCAAACUGCACAUGAGAGUGGUAUUCAAAAAAGCAAAAGCAUGCAUAACAUCCAAACUCUCUACAGUACUCACAAGGGCACGCCCUUCGAACCGAUCCUUGAGAAUGGAGAUGAGCGAUCACCCUGUAUAAAGGAUCCUUCCCUGCAGAUGAUCCCUGUCAUAAUGGUGAACAACGUUCUCGUCGAUGGAACCUUCUCAACUAUGCUGUCGAACCCUGACAUUCUGGACGAGGAUUACAGAAUAUCACUCCCGGAAGUUUUGGGGUAUUUCUAUGAGAACAAGACAGAGGAUGACUUUGGGACUGUCAGUAACUAUGAUGACCAAUCACUGUCUUCUCUUUGCGACGGCAUCACCAGCUCCAGAUAUGGGUCUAAGGACGGACUCCUGUCCAUCCAAGCUUCCCAAUGGAGAGAGGAAAAACCAAUCCCCAUCUUCACAUGCUCCGGCCACUCCCUUAGAGCGCUCACAUUCCCAGAGGCAGACUACCUCAUACGUUCAACAGAGAUUCACGUUGACCCGGACAUGGAGAGCCACGGCCUGCCAAUCUGGGCUGUACCUCACGCCCCCUGUCCGGGCGUCUAUCCCGUCCUCUCGUCUGCAGCCGCGGACGAAGCUCUAUUCAACAACAGAUGUUGGUCCAGCUGGUUCAUCAGAAAUAUACGCCUCCCAGACAGCGGCAGCAGCUGGAGCCUUAGGUCUUGGCCUUGGGUGUUCCCGAUCGGAGCCCACUGGACCCCCUUCAGGGACGCCAAUGCAGUCCACACACUAACCCCUCAGAGAGGGUUUGCCUCUUUCCCCAACCACUUGGUCAGAAAGCUGGCAGCCGACCAGCAAAUGUUGAAACUCAUGCCGACAUCGGUGUCAUUAUCAGAUAAAGACGGCCUCUUCUCCACCCUGAAGCAGUCAGACAUGUGCUUGUUGUGCAUUGCAGUGGCGUCGUGGGUCCUGAGGUCCACUGACCCGCACGCAGCAGACUCUUGGAAAGCAGCCUUGCUGGCAAAUGUGAGCGCAAUAUCAGCGAUCCAGUACCUCCGACACUAUGUUCUGAGGAGACCUGCUAAGGACGGUCAGUGACAGAACCACAACGCACAUCUCCCCUGGGUCCAACAACACAACGCUUCCAUGCAAUACGACUGAUCACCGAUCAGACCUUUUUAUCUGUUUAACAGUCCAAUCAAUUCCAAUUCUUGGAAUUGAUAUGGACCAUUGCUAGUAAAUAUGUCAGUCAAGGGUAAUAUCAUGUGCCUGAUAUUUUAACACACAAUAUGGGCACUUUGUAUUUGCUCAGUAAGUACAAAUGCAUAGACAGUUAAGCUUAGUUUGUUAAAUGUUAGGCUGGUUCAUGAGAAUGUUGUCAAAGGGUAUAAGGUAGGUCUUGUAGGGUUUUUGAUUAAGCCUGUGUGCGCAAUUUAGUUGGUAAAUGCAGAAUGUUGCCGUGUUCAGAUUUGUCAAAUAAUGUUUUGUUGAAUAAACCUUAAAUGGUCAAAGCUCUCCAUUUCUUAAUAUGAUUGUCAACAGUUAGUUUGUAGAAGGCCUGAUGUCUAUGCGUUAACAUGAUGCCUAUAGUUAAAACGGUAUACAUUUCCUGGUUAAUUAGAAAUACAACCACAGACAAGAAUUCGUCAUUGCAGAAUUAUUUAUUGAAAUAAUUGUGCAAUAUUUUUGUUUCUUAUUUCACAUAAAUAUUGAAUUUUGAAACAGGGAACAGGGUUUUUAAAAUGUAUGUUAAGAUCACGUGGGUCUCGUCUCUCACCGCUUUGUUAAAAAAAACAUCGGAAUAUGUUGUUUUAAUGUCACUCUGCAACAGUGACACAGAUCAUAGCUUAUAAUUUACAAUCAUUUUAUUUUAUAACACUAAACUGUGUACAGCAAAUGUUUUUUUAUGUGCCAAAUUUAGGGGCAAGAGUUCACACUUACAGUAAGAUCAAUAAUACUUAAUAUAGAAUAUUAAACCUAUAUCAAUAAUGCUUGGUAAUAUAGACUAUUACACAUGUAGUAUUUACAGUCUCAAAGAGACUAAAAGCUUAGGUUACACUGUGAAAGAUACCUUGAAAUAUAAAUGUUUUUAAUUUAGACAAAUAUUUAGCAGUUUUAGAAUAAAUCCAUGUAGUAUAGUUUUCCAAGUCUAAUGACACAACAUUGUAACUUGCUACUCUAGUUUCGGAAUUGUGAAGACAGUCAUGCUAGGUUGUUAGGCCAAUCAUUCAAACACUGAUUUAAAAUUUAAAUUUACACAAGACCAUUUAAAAAUGAAAGAACAGCUCAUACUACUACCAAUGUUCAUCAGCUGGGUCAAUAGCAUCCUUGCUAGCCUAGGGCAUCAUUAGCAAUUCUAUCAUACUGCACACAUCAAAGUUUGAUGUGUGCGAUAUGCUGGUUACCCUAAUACCGCACAUGUCUGCUGAACAAGUAAAAUAACAAUAAAUUAGGAGAUUAUGGCAGUAUAAAGUCUUAACACUACUGUCUAUUAGUAAGAAAAUCUCAAGCAAACCUCUUGACAAUCCCAUUAAGUGCUGGAACAAGGAAUACACAUAUAGACACACAAGGAUUCUUAUUUUCAAUAUAUUAAAACAAAGGGACCCACACACUCUUUAAAAAAUGUACAGUCUCUGAAAAGUAUACUGGAUUCUGUUAGGGUAGAGGCUGAGCGCCAACUAGAUACUGGAUUCUGUUAGGGUGGAGGCUGAGCGCCAACUAGAUACUGGAUUCUGUUAGGGUGGAGGCUGACACCAUCUGGAUACUGGAUUCUGUUAGGGUGGAGUCUGGUCCAUCUGGAUACUGGAUUCUGUUAGGGUGGAGUCUGGUCCAUCUGGAUACUGGAUCUGUUAGGGUGGAGUCUGGUCCAUCUGGAUACUGGAUCUGUUAGGGUGGAGUCUGGUCCAUCUGGAUAAUGGAUUAUGUUUGGGUGCUCCCUGGCCCGUCUGUAUACUUGAUUAUUUUAGGGUGGAGUCUAGUUAAUCUGUAUACUGGAUCUGUUAGGGUGGAGUCUAGUUAAUCUGUAUACUGGAUCUGUUAGGGUUGAGUCUAGUUAAUCUGUAUACUGGAUCUGUUAGGGUGGAGUCUAGUUGAUCUGUAUACU